AUGCCACCAACAAAACCUACACCAACGGCAGUGACUCAGUCCAACGACUCGUUUCCACCAGAGAAAACAGAACAAACCCAUGUGCAUGAUGUGUACGAGGCCAUAGCUACUCAUUUUAGUGCCACAAGAUAUAAGCCAUGGCCCGUAGUUGAAGAUUUUUUAAAGAGCAUGGCAGUUGGAAGUAUUGGAGCAGACAUCGGAUGUGGAAAUGGGAAAUACUUGGGUGUCAACAAAGAUGUUAUAGUCAUUGGAUCCGACAGAAGCCCUACGCUUUGUCAGAUCGCUCACGAGCGAGGAUUUGACAUUCUAGUCGGUGAUGCUCUCAAUCUUCCCUUUCGAAGCAACAGUUUUGAUUUUGUGAUUUCGAUAGCGGUGAUACAUCAUUUCACCACUGAAGAACGACGAUUGGCCGCUAUAAAGGAACUUCAUCGUAUCGCAUUGCCCGAGUCGAAAAUCUUGACUUAUGUUUGGGCGCUCGAACAGUCUAGCCGCAGGCAGUUCUCUCCUGAUCAUCAAGACAUUUUCGUUCCAUGGUCAAUGCAAGAUCAAGGAGUCGUUACAGGAAAAGUGUAUCAGAGGUAUUAUCACUUAUUUAGAAAGGGUGAACUGGAAGGUUUAAUUAGACAGAUUGAUAAUACACAUAUCAUAGAAUCUGGAUAUGAUAAAGAUAAUUG